AAACGGAUUUUGUUAAAAGACCAUCUCCUCGUCUCUUCACUACCCCCUCCCAUACUAUUUGGUUCCAAGUGGCCUGAAGAACAAAAAGCCAAAAUUAUUUAUGUAUACAGAAACCCUAAGGACGUUAUGUGCUCAUAUUUUCACUUUUCAAAGAAGAUGCCAUUACCUACUACAAGUACCAUUGAGGAAUUCAUGCAACUAUUUCUAGAAGGAAAAGUGCUGGGAAGCCUUUGGUUUGACCACAUCAAAGGUUGGCAUGAGCACAAAAGCCUCUUCAACAUCGAGUUCAUGAUGUAUGAGGAGUUUAAAAAGGAUCUCAGAGGUUCUAUGUUAAAAGUCUGCAAAUUUCUGGGGAAAGAAUUAAGUGAUGAGGACAUGGAUACUGUGGUGAGCCAGGCCAUGUUUGAGAACAUGAAGUUAGACCCACGGGCAAAUUAUGACAAUAUACUAAAGGACCAAUUUGGGAUACAAGAAAAAGGUCAUUUCCUUCGCAAAGGUACCAUUGGAGACUGGAAAAAUUACAUGACUGUUGAGCAGAAUGAAAGGUUUGACAAGAUUUUCCAAAAGAAUAUGAAAGAUUUUCCCUUGAAGUUCAUCUGGGAUAUGAAUGAGGAAUAGAAUUCUAGGUGAUGCACAACUAUUUUCAGAAAUCACCUUCAGAAGGAAAUAUAUUGAAUUUUACAUUUUCAUCUUUGACUGUCAUGGGCUUAUUACUGAAAACUCUCAAUGAUUAAUAAAUAUUAAUAUGUUGUCUUUACAUCA